UGAAAGCAAAAUAACUGGGUUGUUUACUCUCCUCGAUCGACUCUCGUUUCAUCCGGAUUUGUUUGACUGAUUCUCAACAUGUACUAAGUAAGAGGGUGUCACCACCUCGAAGGCGUUCAGGCCCAUGCUGUGGAGGGUUCAGACAUGCUGAGGUUGACAAUAAGACCAUGGACAUCUUGAAAGGACUGUUCCUGGUAAUGGUGUUCAGAAUGGGUAGUUCAGAGAUACGCAUGAUGGACUCGGAUGAGAAGCAAUGCAAUUUCCGUUGUAACCUCUCACGUGGAGAGUUUUGCUUAGGUCGCCAGUGUGUACAGUGUUCUUACUGCCCAGAGAAUCCGUAUGACUUGGAUCAAAGAGGAAUACUCUACGUCUACAGGCCGUGUUAUAGAAAUGGGUUCUGCCCCAAGAUAUGCAGUUCCACCAUGGGACUGGGGAGCAAUCCACGAGCAAAUGAAACGCUGUGUCAAAAGCUCCGGAAGCCAAAAGUAACCAUACCCCUAACAACACAACCUCAACCUGUUUCAACCACUGAGUACGAGACUACAUCUAGCAGUCCUAAAGAUACUAUGACUUCGGGAAGAACCCAUAGCAGCACAUCUCAAGUGGUACCUUCAUUAACACCCAAUGGAGGAUUUUCAGAUGUUUACGUCAAGGUUUCAGUUGUAGGUAGUAUUAGUCUGGCGCUGGUAUUCUUGUGUCUUUCAUGCAAACUGUGCAGAAAGGUAAAAUGCUGGAAAAAGCUUUGGAUCAACUCUACAGAGGAGACUAAAAUAUCCGUCAGGAAAUAUAAACAAUUGCAGAUUCAGUUAGAUCCUCAAAGUAAAACAGCCACCGUGAAAGGUUUACAGAGUCUCAACUGCAAUGCUCUGCAACUUUGUUCAUGUUUUCCAAACCCUCGUUAUCCUCACCAAAAAUGGAUAAACACAUAUGGAUUGGAUGAAUAUCAACUAGAAGGUGUUCUGAUCCCACACCAGAUGUAUACAGUGAAGGCUGGUAGAGUUACUACAAGAGGGGAGUUUGAGUGCAUCGCAGAGGGUUUAAUCAAAACUGAAGAAUUUGUCAACGUCACCCUAAGUGAUGCAUGUUCAACCACACUUGAAGACAUAUUUGGGAAUUUGCCUCUAAGAAGAUCCCUCAAAGAGGAGCUGAAAUCUUCACCUGAGCGAGACAUGACCGAGAUCAUCGGUACUGCAUUAGAGUUGACAGGAAAAGAGUGUAAGGACUUUAAAAGUUACCGAUGCCUCGGACUACUUUAUGACGAGACACUUACAGCAAAUGACGUUUUGGAUGAUAGUAUACAUCCUAUGAUGGAGGGCCUUGCCCAGUCCAACGAGGCCAAAGACUUUGUCAUUAAGAUUGUCAAGUCGCAGACAGACAGGGACAUGUACUGCAGGAAGUGCCUGGAAGUCAUGCAUAGAAUGUGUAAUGUGGAUGAUGUUCGCGAAGUCGUUAGUGAAAAUUCAGCUUUAAUGGUGGGUUCUAGUGCUGUGUAGAUGCAUUCAUAACAUACUGCUGGCUGGCAUAGCUAAAACCCUUUUCACACUGUAUCUAAGAAGUCUCCCGAACCCCCGAACAUCUACUCAGCGGUAGUAUAAUCAUGGAGGU